AUGGGCAAAUUCGUGCACGACGUCGAGGGCGAGCUUUUCUGCGAGUCGAUAAACGUCAAGAUCCCCUACUUCAACGCGCCAAUCUACCUGGAGAACAAGACGCCAAUUGGCAAGGUUGACGAGAUUUGCGGCCCAUUGAACCAGGUCUACUUCACCAUCAAGCCGCAAGAGGGCAUACAGGCAAAGUCGUUCCAGCCUGGCGACAAGUUCUACAUCGGAGGCGACAAGCUCCUGCCCAUUGACAGGUUCCUGCCCAAGCCCAAGCCUCCCCCAGGUGCGGCUCGCGUCAAGAAGCCCGCUGGUGCAGGCCGUGGAGGAGACCGUGGACGAGGCCGUGGAUUCGGAGGCCGUGGUCGCGGCGCACCAAGAGGACGAGGCGGACCCCCUGGACGCGGUGGCUCGCGAGGAGGAUUUGGCGGAUCCGGUGGAUUCUCGCGUGGUGGCGGCGGUGGUGGUUUCUCAAGAGGUGGACGCGGUGGUGGUGGCGGCCGUGGACGAGGUGGUUACUGA